CUUAUUAUCUCUUUUUUUGGAAGAUUGAUUUUUCUUUGACGAUUUCUCGAUCUUUGAAAGGACGAGAACGGAGCCUGUCAAUAGAUCUGUGCAUUAAUAUAGGUACGCUAUUGUCGCGGUCCGCAUUGUGGUACCAUCCGGAGCUGCAGAAUCAUCCUUCCUUUUCGUCUUGUCGGCCACGCUGGACGAGCAAUUCAGAUCUUUUGCACAUUCAGCAGCCGCUGAUUAUCUUUACUAUUCGUCUUUACUUUCAUCUUCAUUGAUCUCUUUCCUAUAUGCAUCCGGGAUACGUUUGGUCGUUUCUUUCAUUUACCAACUUUGCACUUUGUCGGGCGGGAUCUCAUCUGCUGAACCCUUUUCGACGAGAUGAACUGCACGUUGAUACUUCCGUCUGUCAGGUGUUUAGACGUUGCGAUAUCAUUGUGCCACCUAACGUCUCUGCCCGUUUCCCCUUCUUCCCCUCUUCCCCUCUUUCAUUUUGGUCGGUCUCUGGUUUUGUUUCCCCUAUUCUGCACUCAGCAGCGGCGCGCCAUAAGCAUCUCUAUCUUAGUCUGUCUGGUUUUCUUCCUUCAUGUAUACACUUGAAAUAUUGGGUAAUCUUAUUUGAUUCUGGAAUUUUGGUCUCCGAGAAUAAGCCUUCUCAUUCUUCACUUCCUCUGUGGUUAGUAUCUUAUAGUGGGUUACUUAGUGAUGUCUUGGAGAUUUAGUGGCUGGUCUUCAAACCUUAACAACAACAUCUGAGUGGUGAAUGGUACGUUGUUUGAACAGCACGCGUUCCUAAUGGCAGAUGUGGAUGGACGCUACUGUCGAAGAUAACGCCCCUACGCAG